AUGGACGAAGAAAAGCCCUCCUUAUCCCUCACAAUCCACCAUAGCGGCAAAUCGCAUCCUAUUUCCCUCCCAUCCACCGCAACCCUCCAAGACCUCGCCUCCCUCCUCUCCUCCACAUUGCAAAUCCCCGUCGAGAACCAAAAACUUCUCAUCUCCCCGAAACCGGGGCUUCAGAAACCCCCUUUUGCCGCCACCCGUCUCGACGCGCUGAUCCCGCUCGACUCGCCGCGCCUCAAAAUCACCCUCCUCGGCACCCCAGCCAAAGACAUCGCCCAGCUGAACGCCCAGGGCGAGGCGACACGGCAACGCGACGAGGCCCGCGCCGCGGCGCUCUCCGCCUCCCGCCAACAGCAACGGAAAGCCGCCAGUGCCAGCGCCUCCCGGUCCCGCGGCGGCAUCCACACCCUCUCCGGCGGGGGCGGCGACAACUCAUACACCUUCCACCGACUCCUCCCUCUCUCGUACCUCCCAAACCCAUCUCGCUCGCAGCAGUUCCUCGCCCGUCUGCGCGAUGACCCAGGCAUCCGCACCGCCAUGGCCAAGCACCGGUUCUCCGUGCCGCUGCUGACGGAAAUGGAUCCCAUCGAGCACACGACGCAGGACUCGCGCACGCUGGGCCUGAACCGCAACAAGGGCCAGGUGAUCGAGCUGCGGCUGCGCACGGAUGCCUACGACGGCUACCGCGACUACCGGACGAUUCGGAAGACGCUGUGCCACGAGCUGGCGCACUGCGUCUUCAGCGACCACGAUCGGGACUUCUGGGACUUGACGGCGCAGAUCGAGCGCGAGGUCGACCGGGCUGAUUGGAAGCAUGGUGGUCAGCGGUUGACGGAGAAUGACUUUUAUAAUCCUGGGGAUUGGCAGGCCAUGGAGGAUGAGGGGGAGGUGUUCGAUGAGUGUGGGUGGACUGGAGGCGAGUUCGUGUUGGGUGGAAGUGGUGGUAGUAGUGCUGGAAGUCGUAGUCGCAGGGAGAUGAUGGCCAGAGCGGCGGAGGAGAGGAUGAGAAAGGAGAGAGAGAAGGAUGCCUGA